AACAAUUGGAAAAAAGAAGAAGAAGAAACUAUUAUAACACCCAACCUGCCCAUUCAUUUAGAAAAUGCGGCUGAAAAACCUCAAGGACAGUGUGGAGAGUGGAGACCCAUAAACCACUGCUUUGCUUCUCUUUCUUCUCCACGCUGCUCCUAUGAAGUCUGUUACUGCUAUUUCUUCCUCCAUUCCUUCUCUCAACAAAGCUUUUCGAACUCUCUUCACUCACUCCACAACAAACCCUUCUCUUCUCCACACUCUCUCCCGAAACCUACAAAUUUCUCAUCGCCCAAUUACCCUAACUUUCUCCCUCAUUCUCCGAAGACAAUCGCAUUCUUUGAACCACGGCUUGAUUUCCUCUAGUAAGAAGCCUAGUUUCGCUGUGGCUAAAUGUCUCUCUUCAAUAUCGUCUUCAGCGCACACGGUGGAUUGGAACGACGCCCUUUCGUGCUCGGAGAUCGCCGAAGCUGAGGAAUUGUGUUUGGAGAGGGAAGAGGAUGAUCAUGAUGAUGAUGCUAGUGCUACAGCUGUUAAGCCGUAUAUUCCUGUUAGGGCAUUCUUUUUCUCUACUAGUGUGGAUUUGAGGAGCUUAGUGGAACAGAACAAGCAGAAUUUUAUUCCACCUUCGUCUCGAAUGACGAAUUAUGUUGUUUUAAGAUUUGGGGAUACUAAGAAGGCUGCCAGUGCAUUAGGUGCCAACUUAAGUGGCAGUGACUGCUGUUACAUGGUAGUUUUUCAAUAUGGCUCGAUUGUCUUGUUUAAUGUUUCCGAUCACGAGGUUGAUGGAUACCUGAAGAUUGUCGAGAGACAUGCUUCAGGGUUAUUACCGGAGAUGAGAAAGGAUGAAUAUGAGGUAAGAGAGAAGCCUACUUUGAGCACAUGGAUGCAAGGUGGAUUAGACUACAUAAUGUUGCAGUAUAUGAAUAUAGAUGGUAUCCGAACCAUUGGCAGUGUUCUUGGUCAAAGUAUAGCUCUUGAUUAUUAUGUUCGCCAAGUUGAUGGAAUGGUUGCUGAGUUUACGGACAUCAAUCGUGGAAUGGAGAAGACUGGAACUUUCACAAUGGAGAGAAAAAAGCUUUUCCAACUGGUUGGCAAGGCAAAUUCUAAUCUUGCUGAUGUGAUUCUUAAGCUAGGACUUUUUGAAAGAUCGGAUAUUGCAUGGAAGGAUGCAAAAUAUGCUCAAAUUUGGGAAUAUCUGAGAGAUGAAUUUGAGUUGACUCAAAGAUUCGCAAGCCUCGACUUUAAGCUGAAAUUUGUUGAGCAUAAUAUACGAUUCCUUCAAGAAAUUCUUCAAAAUAGGAAGUCAGAUUUCCUUGAAUGGCUUAUUAUUAUACUGAUUGGUGCGGAGAUCCUCAUCUCUGUUUAUGACAUUGCCCAUAAGUCAUCAAUCGCUCUGUAGGUAUAACUAGCUUCUGAAGUUGUUGGAAACUUGAAAUAUGGCAUCGUACUCUAAUUAUGGCGUGGAGUUUGUUGUACAUAGGAAAUCCUCAAAUAAUAUAUCGAUCUAUAUGCUAUACGACACUUGUCUUUCUUAAUUGUAAAUGCAUUAUCACUUUACACUAGGGAAAGUAUACAUCAUUUAAGCUUGGUGCCUUGAAAUGGGGGGCUAUGAAUUUAGAGGAAAUUGCAUAUUUGGUACCUUUCUCCUGUAAGUAUUUUUUUGAUUUGGGUUUCGUGCUCAUUUUUGUUUUGACAAUUUGACAUUUUCCGAGUGCGAUGAAUUCAUAUUA